CCGGCGGGGCGGGCGUUUCAGUCGCUCGCGGCCAGGGAGCCUAGAGGCGCUCCCAGCUGCCCUCUUUGCCUCUCCGGCUGGAUCAUCCUCCUGACCCCGCUGAACUAGCGGGGGGAGCGACCCCGUCUGCGGGGUCAUGGCAGUAGCCUCCUCGACCUCCGCCGCCGCUGACCCCGCCGAGUCGCCGGCUUCUGUGAGAGGGACCCCCACCGCCUCCGCAGGCUAAGAGCCGCUGCCGCCUCCGAGCAGUGAGGGCUACUAUGCUCCCUCUUUGCCUCCGCCUCCCCCUCCCGCCCGCGCAGGCACCCCUCUCGCUGCUCAGUCCCGCCUCAGUGUCAAGCCAGAAGAGAAGUAAAACUCAACAAAAACUUACUAUGUAUGGAAUUCAUUCUUAAAAGAAGAAAAAAGUGGCUAUUGAAGACUAUGGAUCGGAGCAAACGGAAUUCAUUUGCAGGAUUUCCUCCACAUGUGGAGCGUCUUGAGGAUUUUGAAGGAGGUGGUGGAGGGGAUGGGAACAUGACCCAAGUGGGAAGAAUUUGGCCCUCCUCAUAUCGAGCUCUUAUAAGUGCCUUUUCCAGACUGACACGUUUAGAUGACUUCACCUGUGAAAAAAUAGGGUCUGGCUUCUUCUCUGAAGUGUUCAAGGUGCGCCACCGAGCUUCCGGCCAAGUGAUGGCUCUUAAGAUGAACACGUUGAGCAGUAACCGGGCAAACAUGCUGAAAGAAGUGCAGCUCAUGAAUAGACUCUCCCAUCCCAACAUCCUUAGGUUCAUGGGUGUGUGUGUACAUCAAGGACAGUUGCAUGCACUCACAGAGUAUAUCAACUCUGGAAACCUGGAACAGUUGCUAGACAGUAACCUGCAUUUGCCCUGGACUGUGAGGGUGAAACUGGCUUAUGACAUAGCAGUGGGCCUCAGCUACCUUCACUUCAAAGGCAUUUUCCAUCGGGACCUCACCUCUAAGAACUGCCUGAUAAAGAGGGAUGAAAACGGUUACUCUGCAGUGGUAGCUGACUUUGGCCUGGCCGAGAAGAUCCCUGAUGUCAGCACGGGAAGUGAGAAGCUAGCUGUGGUGGGUUCACCCUUCUGGAUGGCACCUGAGGUUCUCCGAGAUGAGCCCUACAAUGAAAAGGCGGACGUGUUCUCUUAUGGUAUCAUCCUCUGUGAGAUCAUCGCCCGCAUCCAGGCUGAUCCAGACUAUCUUCCCCGAACAGAGAAUUUCGGGCUAGACUAUGAUGCUUUCCAGCACAUGGUGGGAGACUGUCCCCCUGACUUUCUGCAGCUCACCUUCAACUGCUGUAAUAUGGACCCCAAACUACGCCCAUCCUUUGUGGAGAUUGAGAAGACCUUGGAGGAAAUUCUGAGCCGCCUACAGGAGGAAGAGCUGGAGAGGGACAAGAAGCUGCAGCCCACAGCCAAGGAGAGAAAACCUGACUUGACUCACUAUUCUUCAGGACUCUUGGAGAAAGGACCUGGGGUGAAGCGACUGAGCUUACUGGAUGACAAGAUACCUCCCAAGUCCCCUCGCCCAAGACGUACCAUCUGGCUGUCUCGAAGCCAGUCAGACAUUUUCUCCAAUAAGCCCCCACGUACAGUGAACGUCUUGGAUCCCUACUACCAGCCACAACGAGUUGGUGCUGCCCGAGCCCCCAAAAUCAACCCUUUUAGUGCUCGCCAGGACCUCAAAGGUGGCAAGAUCAAGUUCUUUGACCUGCCCAGCAAGUCUGUCAUCUCCCUGGUAUUUGACCUGGACGCACCAGGGCCUGGAACGAUGCCUAUGGCUGACUGGCAGGAGCCCCUGGGCCCACCUGCUCGCCGGUGGCGUUCUUUGCCUAGUUCACCUGAGUUCUUGCAUCAGGAGGCUUGUCCAUUUGUGGGCCGGGAAGAAUCACUAUCUGAUGGGCCCCCACCAUGCCUCAGCAGUCACAAGUACAGAGUAAGGGAGAUCGCACCAUUCCGAGCAUCUGCCCAGCCAGCUGCUCCAGCCCAUGAGGCCAUGGACUGCUCCAACCCUCAGGAAGAAAAUGGUUUUGGGCCCAGGCCCCAGGGCAUCAGUCCAUGCCUUGCAGGUGCCCCUGAGGAGAUGGAGGUAGAAGAAGAAAGGCCAAGAGACUCGGCUCCAGUCCCCUUCUCUGUCUCAGGCAUGGGCCUGAGGACCCAGGGAGAGCAGGAUGGGUGAGCAGAGUUCAUCCCCCUCACCUUGGGGACAGACCUUCAGCUGAAGCCACAGGGCCCCCUUGGUGCACAGCCUAGACUCUUCCCGGGGGCCCACAGAACACGCAGGCUAAGCCAAGCCAGACUCAUCUGUGAGGCUCCCACUGCCCAAUGGCUAUGUGAGGUGAGGCAGCCAUGAGAGGCCUUCCUAGUUAGGGCCAAUGGCUGAUACGAAGCCUCUGAAAUCCAGCAAGGAGCUCUGGCUCCCACCGGAUCCCCGAGACUUCCCAACAGGACCAGAGGACUCCUAGUUCUAGUGUGAGCUGGCAGGCAGCUAUUACCCCAGGUUCUUCUCCUACCCCGGGUCAGUUUCUUGCCCUUUCCUGGGGCAUAUAAGCUAAUGGAUGGAACCUGGAGCUGACCAGGAGACCAUAAAGGGCAUGGCUAUUUCUCAGACCUAAAGACUGGGGUGCUUCUUGCCAGAAUGUCUAAGACACUUGAAUAAUUGCUGUUUGCACUUACUGCACGGCCAGACCAUGUCACUACACAUUUCUAUGCAAGGCAAGGCAGAGUGGUGGUCGUGGCUCUCAGCUAACCUAUUCAAAGAUCUUUUCCAGUUGAUUAAUCUAUUUUCAUAUUUAUGAAGGAGUCUUAAUGUUCUGCCCUAAAAGACUUCCAACCCUGUCGUUGGGAGUGGGGCUGAUUUUGUAGGCCCUAGGGCCUGCUCUGUAUAUUUGUUGACACGAUACACCCAACUGGUUUAUACGUGGACUGAUUUCUUCCCUUUCUGCUAUGGCCGGAGCUAUGGGAACAGUCUGUCCUAAUAGAACCGCAAUAAGAAAUAACCAAAGAUGAAGCUGGUCAGAUAUUUUCAUAUCUUGUUUCUGGUUUUUGUUUUUUUUUCGGUAAAACUUUCCCAAGACACUUUGAGAUUUAAAAAUGAAUAAAGUCGGUGUUACAGGUG